CACCUUGUGUCAAAUUCUCGUUUUCAUCUGUGACUGUAGUGGGAUUUUUCAAUUUUCGCGUUGAAAAAUUGGACAUUUUUUGCAAUUCUGAAGCGUAAAAACUUGUGCCGUGAAGUUCCAAUGCAAUAAUCAAGUUAUCAAAAUAACAAGGGAAACGGGGAAACUAAAGGUGCAAGGUGUAGCCGGAUCGGUCGAAGGGGCAAGGGAAACGACAACCUUAACAAUGUCGGACAUAGUUCUGAAUAAACCUACUCCCGAACGGAGUACCACGGUCAGUAAGGACCCCGAAAUUAAGGGUUGGCUUAUGAAGUGGACAAAUUAUAUUAAAGGUUAUCAACGUCGAUGGUUUGUUCUGUCUAGAGGUGUUUUGAGCUAUUAUCGAAGUCAAGCCGAAAUGAAUCAUACAUGUCGCGGAACUAUAUCGCUUCAUGGUGCUCUCAUACACACAGUUGAUUCGUGCACAUUUGUUAUCUCGAAUGGCGGUACACAAACCUUUCACAUAAAAGCAGCUAAUGAGGUAGAGCGACAGUCUUGGGUGACGGCACUGGAGCUGGCCAAGGCUAAGGCCAUACGCACUAUGGAAACCGAAGAAGAGGAGGAAGUUCAGACAGCCCAUGUUGUACCCAGCCAAGAAAUCAACACAGUGAUGGCCGAACUCACUGGGCGUUUGGAAAGCUUGCGCACCUGUUAUGAUUUAAUCACUAAACAUGGAGUUGCCUUGCAGAGAGCGCUCAGCGAGCUAGAAGCGAACGACGAAGAAUCACUGGCUAGUCGCACAAAGAUUGUGAAUGAGCGGGCUACGCUCUUUCGCAUUACAUGCAAUGCAAUGAUUAAUGCAUGCAACGAUUACCUGCGCAGUGCUGAGUCGCAAGGCCACAAAUGGUCAAAAAUGGUUGAACACGAACGAGAGCAACGACAACGGCUGGAAGAAAUGGUAGAGAUGUUAGCCAAACAGCAAACUCGGCUCGAGCAAGCCGCACACACAGCCGCGCAACAAAAUAAACCGUUGACAAUAGCGAACGAAGGUUCUGCAUCGCUGAAUGCAGUUACAUCAGAUGAUGAAAACGAAUUUUUUGACGCGGAAGAGAACAACGGAAUAUUUGGAGAAAACUCGCCGAAAGAAGCUUGCGAAUUUGUAAUGACAUUAGCUUCGAAUAUUAGCAAUCAUAAAAAUGAUGUCGAGGAUGGUUCAUUUAUUAUGAAACUGCAAAAAACGCGCUCUAACUCAGAAGAACAAGCCCACCAUAGCAGUUCAUCAGAAAAUGAAGAGCAAAAACUUACAGAAACCGAGCCUCAGCAAGUGGUUGUAAUUAGCAAAAACAAUAACACAUCUUUUGAGCUAAGUAGUUCAAGCCGCCAAAAUGAAAAUCAACAAAUUCAAAAGAGCAAUGAAGUUUCUAAAAAAACUAGGCAACGGCGUACACGUGUGCCAGAUAAACCAAACUAUCCGCUCAAUCUAUGGUCCAUAAUGAAAAAUUGCAUAGGCAAAGAAUUGUCAAAAAUUCCAAUGCCAGUUAAUUUCAAUGAACCAUUAUCAAUGUUGCAACGACUUACAGAAGAUUACGAAUAUGCAAACUUGUUGGAUAUAGCUGCACGCUGCACUGACGAAUGUGAACAGUUAGCAUACGUAGCAGCAUUCACUAUUACCAGCUAUGCAACAACAGCAAAUCGCACCGGCAAACCUUUUAAUCCACUUUUAGGUGAGACGUAUGAGUGCGAUCGAAUGGAUGAUCUUGGAUGGCGUGUGUUGGCCGAGCAGGUUUCGCAUCAUCCGCCCAUGGCUGCUUUACAUUGUGAGGGCCACGAGUGGACCUGCUGGCAGGAAUUCACCAUGACGAGCAAAUUUCGUGGCAAAUAUUUGCAGGUUAUUCCCCUGGGGAGCGCAUUCGUAAAUUUCCCCGCAACUGGUCAUAAGUAUACAUGGCGUAAAGUGACGACGACUGUAAAUAAUAUUAUCGUGGGGAAGUUGUGGGUCGACCAACAUGGUGACAUGGAAAUCAGAGGACUCAAUACGGCUUCGGGGCUUGUAUGCCACCUCAAGUACAUCGCCUAUUCAUACUUUUCACGCGAACAACAGCGUCGCGUUAAGGGUGUGAUCAUGAACCGUAAUAAAGAAGUGAAAUGGGUGCUUCGCGGCACUUGGGAUUCUUCCAUCGAAAUUGCGCCGGUGCUUUCCACUUCAGGUUCAGUUGACAGUCCAGUCUACCAAACCAAUGGCUACAAAACAGUCUGGACGCGCCGAGAGCUGCCAUCAGAUAGUGAAAGAUACUAUAAUUUUACUACAUUGGCAGCUCAAUUAAAUGAACCAGAAGAAGGUGUAGCACCUACGGACUCUCGUCUGCGGCCCGAUCAGCGUUUGAUGGAAGAGGGCCGUUGGGAUGAGAGUAAUCGUGAGAAACUGCGUCUAGAGGAGAAACAACGCAGAAAGCGACGAGAGCGUGAGGCUGAAGCCGAAACCGCAGCGAUUGGAGGUCGUCCAUAUCCGCCUUAUGAACCGAUUUGGUUUAGACGCGAAAAGGAAGAAGGCAGCGAUAAUUUGGUGCAUGUUUUCAACGAAACCUAUUGGCAGCACAAGCGAGACCAAGACUGGUCUAAAUGUCCUGACAUAUUCUAAACGUAAUUGAUGUUUUUCCCAAAAGCAAAACCGAAAAAACAAACCAACAAACCAACAUCAAAUAAUUCAAAAACUAAAAGUUUAAUUGCGAAAGUUAAGUUAAAAUAUAAUUACAACAAAAGUAUAGCGAAACGAAACAAAAUAUUUCCACAAAAACACGUAGAACAAUAUAAAAAGACGAAAAUGCACUCACACGAACACACUUACAUAAAAAAGAUAAAAUAGAAAAGAGGAAUUAUACUACAAAUAAUCCUAAAACAGUGAAAUUAUUGUCCUUUCACAUGAAAUAAAUUUGUGAAAAAAAUAUGAAAAUAUAAAAACUACUUAAUUAAAACAAAAAUAUUAAAUUUCUUACAAAGAACUUUAAGCAUUUUCGUAUGGGUUAUUAUUAACAAUGCGCCUAAAAAUAUUGGCAAAGAGGACACAAAAUUGUAAAGAAACACAAAGAUAUUAUGUGUGUGUAUGCACGUUUGCAAUUCGAAAGUUUACACAAUUCCCUACAAUAAACAAUAAUCUCGCUGUUUGCUAGUUUUAGCAAAUAUCUGCGAAUAGCUGCUGGCGUUUUGCAAUAUAUUGCUCUAGA